AUGGAUGAAAAAGAGAAGAGCGGGAUGAAAGAACGCUCAGAGGAAACGUUCGUAUCAUUAAUAAAAGACUUCUGCGGCUACACUUCUGCGCAUGGCCCUGAAAGAAUUAUGUCUGCAAAACAAUGGAUACGAAAAGCUUUCUGGAGCUUGCUUUUUGUCGCUGCAAUCACCGUGUUAGGAAUGCAAGUUCGUGACGGUCAAUAAGUAAAAGAGCUAAGUGGAUGCGAUGUUGUUGCUCGAGAAAGCAAUAACGAGUGCUGGUGGGCGAGUAGAAGCGUGGAAAGUAAAAGACGGAGCGAGACACCGUUCCCUGGCGCGCGGCGGACGGGGGUGGCGGAGCCGUGUGGGGGGGGGGGGGGGGGGGGGGGGUGGGGGGGGGGCGCGGUGAGCAGUUGGGUGGCGCCGUGGAGAAUAUAGGCGGGAGGGUAAGGGAGGCAGGCAGAGGAGAAGGCUGGAGGUGGGAGGUCUAAAAGGGUGGGAAGCUGGAGUAAUAGGAGAACAUUACGCAACAACGCUUUAUAUUGCGCCUUCAAAAAAAAGCGCCAAAAUGGGGAAGGAACCGGAAAGGCAGGGUACGGGAGUCGGGAGGUUUGGACUCCCCUGUUCCCCCUACGGAAUUAUUGAAGUCGUUUUAGUAAGGAGGGCAGGUUGAAGUGUUUGUUCAAAUUUCGACUGCUGCAAGUCUUGUACUUCAAUCCGGGAUAUCAGGACGAUAACGAUGAUAACAACAUUUGCAAUGAUAACAUUAACGAUAACAAUAACGAUAUAGAUGUCUGAGCUAAAGACAAAGAUGAAGAUAUCAGAGCAAUGAUAAUGGCGACGUCAGUAUCGAAGACGAUAUGGAUAUGAAUGCUAACACUUUUGAUCACGAUGACAUUAAUGAUUAGAAAAUGAGUGAAAACGAUGACGAGGCUACAGUCAGUGACACUAAAGCUCAUAACAGUGAUACCGACUUGAACGAAAAAAAAGUUAUAUCACCGCCAUUAGACUUAAGUGCUUUAAAAAUGUUGUGUUUAUUUUUCUUACAGAGUCUUCCUUUUCCAGUUGUUACUAUCUGCAAUUUUAAUGCUCUUAAAUAUGACUCGCUCCUCGAGAGCAACUUGACUGCUCUCAAAGCGACGUUCCCAGCACGAAGUAAGUUGUUUCAGGGUGAUUUAAUAUUCGAAUAGUACGUUCUUUAAAGUGAUGUAUACCUGCUUGAAUUUUUGCAUGCUUUACAAGACCUCAUCGCCCCGCCAUGUGAUGUAAUCCAAGAUAGUCUUGGAUAGAUUCCUUGUCGGUGGAACUUGGAUUCCGGAUUUCAUGCGGUUAGCGGGAUUCCGGAUUCCACCAGAAAAAAAAAAUUCCAGUUUUCUGAAUCCCGAUUACCUUGCAUGGAGCGAAACUCAAUUCGGCGUUUAAUUAUAUGCUUUCAACGCGCUGUGUGAUUCAAUGAAUGUAAAUACAUCCAACGGGUGAAGAAAGUUGACCGCUAAUUUAGGGUAGUGCAGCCUAUCAUGAAACCAGCAACAUAUCAUGUUAUUGAAUGUGAAUUCGAAAUAAUCAGCAUGUCUUAACAUUUCUUCACCGAGCUUAAAAUUUACCAUCUUUCAUUCUUUCGUCAUAUCAUCUUAUUCUAAUCUUCUUACAUUUCGCAGAUACCUCAUCCUCCCAGCAAAGAAGAAGGCGUCGAUCAACAGACGAUUUUGGAAGCACUUCUCCGACCACCGAUCCCACAAACAACGAAGAUUAUGAGAAUUGGUAUGACUGGGAAGGGGAGGACUCUGUUGACUACGACGCAGAAUACUUGGCGACUGAAAAAGUGGCUCUUCUCAUGGCGGAAGAAGAUGAAAGUGUUCUUUCGUCUCUCGGUCAUCAGUUCGAAGAUAUGGUAUUGUCGUGUACCUUCCGGGGAAUUCAAUGCAGGUACUGUACAUAUCUGUACUUUUUUAAGGCAUGAUUAUGCAACCGGUUCGCUAAGCUAGGUAAUUUGCUCGUUUGUUAGUUAUUUUUGUUUUCAAGUUGUUCCCAAUUUUAAAAGGAAACUUAAUUUUAAGAUGUAUCUUUUUUCUUUUACCUAGCAACUUCACAGAAAGAUUUUGGUCCAAAUAUUGGCACUACAAAUAUGGAAACUGCUAUGUUUUCAAUAGCGAAUUAACAAGGUCCGGAGCAAAAAGGAAACUUCUGAUAUCAAACAAGGCGGGUCCUUCUCAUGGUGAGUUUUUUAUUUAGUUGUGUGGAAGUUAUAGACGAAUUUCUCGACACUGGAAGGUUUUCUCCCAACCGUUCACGGAAGCUUCAGUUCCUGCAAUAGUUGCCUCAGUGUUCACUUAAGUGACUCUCAUAAGUAUCGUACGGGUGUAAGAUGCUUUAGCAAUGUAUGGUGGGUAGCAAACGUACAGUAUUUCAAGUUACAAUUUGCACCAUCUUUAUGUGUUCAUUUGCUGCUUGAUCACAUCGGUCCUAUUAGUUUUCUGCGUAUGAUCUUAGUAACUUUUAUCUUAUCCUCAGGUCUUAACCUUGAGUUAAACAUUGAACAAGAUGAAUACCUUGAUUCCUUCACACCAGAAGCAGGGGUUCGGGUCGAUAUUACCAAUCAGGGACAAAUGCCUUUUCCAUUGGAAAGAGGACUUAGCCUAGCACCAGGCUUUGCAACAGCAAUCGGCCUAAGAAAGGUUUGAAGAGUCUUUUGUUAUGGCUUUAUUAACGUCAGCAUGGCUUGGAUAAGCAGCCUGCGUCGUAGAGUUAAUCUCACCCUGGCUUGUAACGUUCACGCAGCGCUCAGAUCCUUGUUACGCUUGGGCCCAAAACGAACUCAACAAAUUCAAUAGGUGCGCGCGUUUCGAAUCCCCCUUUAAUCUAGUUGGAGAAUCGACAAUGACCUUUUUGACAGGCCGAUCAUGAAACAUGCGAACAAGGGUUUCUGGGCUGGCUUUCAGACGGACUUAACCAAAGGUUAAACGCAGGCUAGACCUGAAUGUCAAGACUAUGACCAUGAAAUCGGCAUAUUGAUAGCGCAUCUAAAACUUUCAAGUGAACGUAGUGUACCAACCAUAUGAAUUGUUCAAUAGUCAAUAGGAAAUCAACCAAUCACAGCGCGUGCUUCAGUUUUGUUACCUGCUAAACCGAAGUGAAUCGUACUGUGAAACCUGAUCUUUAUUUUCUUUGUUGCCUUUUUUUGCGACAGGUCAUCAUCCAACGAGAAGAUCCUUUUAAAAACGACCGCUGUCACAAAAACACCUCUGUACAUAAAUCCCUUGAUUUGUACAACAGAAUGUUUAACGCAACAUACUCGGCAACGGUGAGAUAUGGUCAUGUCGGUGUCAGCGAUUUUCCCAUUUAUUGUACUAUAGAAGUGAUGUUUCUUAGUUGGCUGGAAUCAUAUUUGUAUUUUCAUUUUGUCGCGCUCAUUUUCGAUACAUUUUUGUUUUCAUUUAAAGGCUUGUAAGGAGUCUUGCCUCGCUGCAAAUCAGUUUGGAAUUUGUGGCUGCAUGGAGUACAAAUUUCCUGUUGACAAAGAACCAUUGUGCGACAUAACUAACAGAUCUGUCAGUAAGUGCAAACAGUUAUGUGCAGGGGUUAUGGGCACACGGCCACACUCAAGCGUCGCGUCAUUACGCAAUGUCCUUAUUUUCUCACAGGCUUACAAUCUGUAAACGUUAGUGGCGUUUUGAUUACUUGAAACCAAGAGAAAUUCUACAAUCAUCGUCAUUUGUAAUUUCUCGAGGCUUAAGGAAAUUUUUUCUGAGUUGACGUCGGUAUUUUUCAACCAGACGGAGGCUCAAGCGCGCGGAACAGUUUCGCCUUCACUCUGCCAGUUUAAUAAUUUAUAGCCCUGAACGAUCUGUGACUAUUUCAAAAAGUUGUCAUGAUUAAGAGACUGAUGAGACAGUUGUAUUUUGAAAAGAUUUUAGUCUAUCAGUACCAUGAAGGACAUUAAGUGAGACUGCACAGCUUCUAUCUAGAAAACGAACAGUGACCAAUUCACGUUACUUUAUUGUGCGAAUAAUUACUUGGCUAGAUUUAGGAGGCGGCCGUGCGCUAGUUCCGAUCAGCGCUUAACUCGGCUGGGCAGAAAAUUUGCGCAUUGACGUUGUUUAUCGCAAUGUACGCAAUAGUUGUGGCAGAAUGAUCACUUGAUAAAGAAACUUGAUUUUCCUUACAGAUAUCUGCCUCAACAAGGUGCAAAAAUUAUUUAGAGAGAGUAAACUUAACUGCAGCAGCUCUUCUUGUCCCCCACCCCGCUGGUAAGCAAAUGUUUUGAGGAAUCUUUUCGCUCAAAGCAUUUUAUUCGAGGCACUGGACGGUAUCUAAAUCAGUCCAGGUACAACGACUCCUUGAAUAUAACUAGAUCGAUUUCCUGUUGGUUAUAUGUAAUUGUUCCUUAAAAAAAAAAACAAAAAAAACAAUGGUCAUUAAUAGCAGACCAACGUCGCUUUUUUAAUCAACUCGAAUAUACAAAAUUUGUAUAUUUGCAAUGCUGGUGCAAGGUGUCAUUUUUUUUUGGCGCAAUAGCAUCAUGCUUGGAAUUAAGUAAACCGAGGACACCAAUAACAGCCGUAUGGUGACAUUGAUCUUUACAAACGCCUUGCCCAUGAGGAAGUUUAGGCAUCUUCACUUGCUUUUAUUGGCAAUUUUUCGGCCUCGGUGGAUAACACCCCCCAAUAUCUGCUUAAUUCUUCAUAUCCUACGAAAGCCGAAUUCGUUAAUUGCUUUAUUAUUCAUUCAAAAUAAUUCCUAGUUUAAAAACAUAGCUAAAACAUGCUUACAUGCAUCGAUGUUAAGUUCAUCUUCGAUAGUGUACGUUUAGGUUUGUCCAGCUCUGCAAAUAUUCUCAUAAUAGCAAAUGUCGCCCUCCGAGUUGUCUUCUUGCUGUUCUUGCCAUGUUUUUAGCUAUUAUUUUGCCUAGUUCCAGCUGUAGUUCUUACUCUUGUAACGAGUGAAAUGUCCGCCAUUUUUUUUAUACAACCAAACAACUCAACCUCGUCCCCAGGUCUUCUCGGUAACGGUGCCUUAACCUGUAGUUAACCUGUAGCGGGCUGCAUUUUUGACGACGUCAUUUCCUCGUUAAACACAAGAUUCUUCCAAAUUUGGUCAUCAGUAGCUGGUUAUGGAGAAUUUUUAGCCAAUCAGAAUUGGGGAAAUAUUUUGAAUGAAUAAUAAUAUAUAUUAAUUCGUCUUAUAUAACUUUUAGAAGUCUUAGAAAUUGUAACUAGGUUUUUCCGCUCUUUGAAACUGAUUGUAAAUUACAAUUAAUAAUUCCUAUUGGAAUAUUUGAACAAACUUUUUGUGUUGUAACAGAAAAAAGUUCAUGUUUUAACACUGAUAUUACUGCGAAUUGCCUAUGGUGAAAAUGAGAUUUGACAGAGGGGUAUUGAGAUAUAUAAUUAGCUGAACUUUGGGGUUGCUCUGCGUUUUUUGGUUUCAAAAUUACUGUUCUUCCCCUUUAAUUUUAAGGCAGGAGGAAUUCAAGAUAAGUUCCUCAUUUGCUGCUUGGCCGGCGGAAAACUAUGAGGUACUAGUUGCUUCAAUUAUUUAUAAAAGGAUAGACACAUCAGGACUGUUGAACAUUACAUACAUUAAAAGAAAUGAAGUCAGCGAUAAGCAAAACAUGGAAACAUUUUCCUCUUUGUAGAUAGGUUCCUGUUAAGUUUUCCUCCAAUUUUAUUACGCCUCAAUUAUUUUUGAGUUUGUUAAGCUUUCAAGUACUGGCAGCUUAAUUGUAUUGGAUGUUGAUUUAUAUGCAUACCGAUUUUAUUUCAGUACUUCUUUCAAAAUGAACUCGAAAAACGUGGGAAGUAUGUGUGGUCAGACGACAAAAGCUCCAUGAGGUAAAAGACAUUAUUUUGUUACUAUUGGCAAAUAAAGUAUGUUAUUACUCUUUAUACAAUGAUGUGAAUGCUACGCGCGUUGUGAUUGGUCGUCUAUCAGAGUGCAGAUACAUGGAUGACGUCACGCGAAACUUGGUUUGUUUGUUUUGUUCAACAUGGCGCGCGGUUUUGAAAAUGUUUGUGAGAUUAUUUCGGAUUAAAGCAAGUGAAAUCCUCGAAAAAAGUUCAACAGAAGCUAUUUACAAGAAACAAAAAUAGAGAAACGGGGACAAAAAGAGGUCUUGACUACUUUAGAAUGCCUAAACUACAAGAAAUCGUCACAACAGCUGCCAUCUUGUUUCAUCGCUAUGAGAGAAUCGUCGUUUUGCAAAAUGUUUUCGCCAUUAUUCCGCUUUGAGCAAGAAAAGACGUUGAGAAACGUUUCAAAGAAACUGUAUAUAAUUAACAUAAAGUAGAAAAAAAAGAAACAAACGGAGACGAAAAGUAGCGCUUGGGACUUAACAAAUGCCUAAACUAGCACAAAUCCUUGAACAGUCAAGCGGUACGAGGCACGCGUUUGUGUCGGUCUUUUUUCUUUUCUGAUCAUUGUAUAAAACAAAUAGAGUUCAUGUUGCCGUGAGUCUGUUCAGUAAUAGAUCACAGAGGACGUCAAAAUGUGGUAAAAACAUCAGUGACACACUCCGCCUGCGGCUCGUGUGCCACUUCAUUGUUUUUACCACAUUUUGACGUCAUCUGUGAUCUAUUACUGAACAGAGGCACGGCAACAUGGAAUCUAUUUGUUAAGUAGUUUUUUUUCAAUAGUAUAGGUAAAGUUAUUCAGUUUACGGCAAUUGCACCAACCCGAGACCAGGCUCCUAGAUGGGGAAAAAUGGGCGGCCCAAUUCCUUGGCUCAGUCUCCAGCCCUGGGUAUCUUUAUGUGCCCGCGAUUCUUCGCACCUCACCUGGGGAGAAUAGCGUGGGCAUCGAGACACCCUCGACCCUCUUUCUUUUAAGGAGCCUGGUCCCCAGCUUCAAAUGCACGUGCUUAUAGGACAAUGUUUCAUAGCUUUACGAGGGUCAUUAGUAUGAAGUUCUCCAAUCACGUUUGCAUGAAAGCCAACGCGCGCGAACAAACUGAAAAGCCACCUGAUUAGUUUGUAUAGAGAAACGUGUUGAAGGUAAAAGUGUUCUUUGAAGACCUUAAGUUUGUAAAUAUCUGUGCCAAUUGCUUUCCAGGAAAAACGUAUUGAAGGUGCAAGUGUUUUUCGAAGAACUUAAUGUAGAGUACAUAGCAGAAAGGAUCUCCUAUGAAGUAAGUGAUCGAGUUUCUUUUUUUAAUUGUAAUUAUGAUAAAGGAUUGUUUGCUUUUUUAAAAUAUAUAGAACUUUAUUUUUAAAGUAAAAGGAGCCCUAGUUUAGUGAUACUCGAUUUAAAGCCUCCUAAUCGUCAUGAAUAAUAAAUUGAGACAUCUAAAUCCAGAAAAAGAUUUCUUAAUACUAAGUAGUGCGCGCGCGUACACUUUUGGCGAGAAAACGCGAUAGCUGCCGGGACGCAUCAAAAAACAUGGGAUUGAUUUGAGUCGAUCCAAUUUUUCUACUCUUUUAGUCUGUUCAGCUGAUUUGGGUAAACUUUAAAAGGUUCGUUUCCUAACCAGAUUAAAUUUUAUAAUUCUAUGUUUUAGCACAAGAUUUCCACCCAGGUGGUUUGUGUAAAUGAUAAGCAACCAAGUUUUAUUUUUAUUACAGUCGCGAUCGGGAGACGGCUUAACAGCCUUUUAAUGAAAAUAACCGUGCUGACUUUUAUGUGCGGGGUGUCUAUUUUUUGACGCAGCCGUCCUCGUCCUCGAAUCUAAAAGUCUCUAUUAAACUAGUAAAUGGCCUUAAAUUUCAAAAUCCGGGCGCUAAAGUAGGUAGCCCUACACAUAGUCCAAGUUAAUAAUGAAAAGAAAAGCUUAUGAACUACCAUUGUUUAUCAAUUCUCUCCCAUAGCUUCCUGAUUUUGCUUCAGACAUCGGUGGUCAACUAGGACUAUGGAUUGGUUUCUCUGUGCUCACCAUUGCUGAGUUCAUUGAAUUUGUGCUGUUGAUAAUUUCACUGGCAAUAAGAAAGUGCUCAUCACGUGGAAGUAAAGUCAAGUCAGCUUCAUUAGAAAUGGAAAAAGUAAACUCUCAUUCAAACGAACCACUUAAAUUCAAAUAA